CCUGUAGGAAAACAAGAUCCGUAAAGAACAAGCGGCCAAAGCGGAGAAAAGAAAGCAGCAGCUGGCGGAGGAGGAAUCCAAGAGACAGAAAGGAGAAGAUGGAAAGAUAAUCCGUAGAGGUGUGGUGCCGCAGGACGAAGUUUGCAUCAUCGAUCAGCUCCUGGCCGACAUUCGCAAGGGUUUCCAUCUGAGAAAGACUCGUCCCAGGUGCGAAUCGGAAAGUGCCCCUUCUAGUGAAAUGCAUAGAGAUACAGGAGCGUCCGCAGCAAGUGUCAGGUCUGUCGGAGAAGAAGCUGGAUCGUCUGCGGUCGAAACGUCUCCAGGAGACCAAGCCAAAAGCUGCGGCGCCAAACCCAGCGCUGAAGCCUCCUCAGCGAAUCACAGGGAGUCGGAGGAGCUUCGAACCCCUGAAACCACCUCCACAAACACUCAGGAACCAGCCGAUGCGUCACCCAGCUGCCUUACCUCAGCCAACACCCAUCAGAACCACAACGGAAACAACAUCAGGUCUGCAGACGCUCAUGUGACUCCAGUAAACACAAGCAAGCCUUUAACUCACAGCGACUCCAGCACAAACGCCGGCCGUGAUAAUAGUGACUCUGUGAAGAAUAAAGACGAGCCGCUUCAGUAUACAGAUGACAACGCUAACGAUUCGUCUGGAAUACAGCAGGCGUGUGAUGAUGUGGACGGAGUGAUGCCACAAGCCCCGCCCACUCCUGCUGUAGGCCCCGCCCCCCAGAAAACCGAAAAUAGAAAACAUUUCCUCCCAAGAAACAAAAAAGGCAGUAAUGAAGUGAAGGGUAACAGAAGGAAUGGACGCUCUAAAAAGGGCUGUGUGUUGCAGUGAGGAAGCUCUAGGAAAAGGAGAACAAGAGGGAAAAGGAAAAUUUGAGUCCGUUCCUGCUGUGAUCCUGUUUUUCCGCUGGAUCUCACUGGACUGGAUGAGAUCAGAGCCGCUGUUUCAUCUGCAGAUGAGCUACUGAUGGCGUAGUUUGAAGAAAUACACAUUGUACACUGUGUAUUUGAGUUUGGCUUAAAGAAAUGUAUUUUUAAAUGCUAAAUCUUUAGAUUUGACCAAACGGUUUUAAAUGUUUGCACACUGUAAGAUGCAUUUGAGACACCAAAACCUUGUUUACAUAUGAGUGUGGUCAGGAGAGGGAAAAAAAGGCUAAUUAUGGAUUUUUGCUGUUUCUCAAACCUUUAAGAUAACUUGUUGUUAACUGUUAAUAUUGCUCUGAAUGUAAACUUUAUAUAUUAUGAAGAUGUUUGGCAUUAACGCCGAGAAGUAUCAGUACGUUAUGAUAUCAGUUCGAAAAUAUAAAUGUCAUAAAAUAUCUUCGCAGAAAUGGUUAAAUUAUAUUUUGCGCUUGCAGUGGUUGAGCUGGACUGUUUAGUAUUUUCAUUUGAGUGUGACUUUCAUAUUUAUGUCGGUAUGUAUUUUCAUCAAGAAAAUCUCUAAAUUAUAUAUAAAUAAAAAUGUGCAAUCAGUGUUGAGGUUUGUUCGUUAACACUCAAGCUCAUAUUCAUUGAAAUUUGAAAUCCAUUAGAAUUUAAAUUAACAGUUAAAGAUGCUGUAAUUUUUGGCGUUUCGUCUUCAAUUGCACGCCUUCACUUCUAAACUCCGCCCCCAAAUGCAUGUCAGCCAAUCCCAAGUUCGCAAUUCUGAAUGGACAAAAUGAUUGACACACUAAUGGCGCUCUCCCGACUAUUCUGCCUCUGUUUACACUAUUUAAAUACAGGUAGAAACUGGGUGCAAAACGUUUAGUGACAGGAUUCCUGGACACAACCCUCUAUCGGUUUAUAAAAAAGAGAGAGAAGCUAGGCCCAGGAAGCUGUCACACACACACACACGUUUGUUUUUGUGAAUUGUGGGGACUCUCCAUAGGCGUAAUGGUUUUUAUACUGUAUGUGCUAUUGUCUUACACCAACCCUACACCUAAACCUACCCCUUACAGGAGACUUUCUGCUAUUUCAGAUUUUCAAUACACUCUUCAAUACAUUCUUUUACUAGUCUUUGUAUUUUUAAGGCCAAUUUAACCAAUAUGCAUUUUGUCUGUUCACAAAUAAAAUAAAGAAAUUGCAAUAUGA